UGGAACGACAAAAAAAGCGAGCAUAAAACCUACCACAACUCUCUCUUGCUGGGUACACUGCCGCUAGUAGUUUGACAAGAUCCUCCUCUUGGAUAUAUUCAGUAGAAGAUUUCAUACAGUAGAGGCAAAACGGAUAUAGAUUCAUUCAUUCCCUCCUCCUGUCGGGGCCAGCACAGACAGUGCAGGGGACUUGUACAAAUUCUCGUCUACUCUGCAUCACGAUACACGCCUCGUCAACCAACAUGCUGGGGACGACGCUACAAACACCUGAGCUGCUACUUUCCUUGCUUCUGGUGUUGUCCGUCGUGGACACAAGUAACGCGGCAGCGUGCACUAAAGGCCAGUACCUAAGCAAUGCUACCCACACCUGUGUCCCUCUCAAAACCAUGUGCCCAGGGACAGAUGGAGCAAUGUACACCUGGAUGGCUCUUGCCGGCUUGCCGACUCAUCCGCACGUGGAAGAGCCCAACCGCGCGAAGAAGACCGAUCUGACUCAAGGCCAGCAGAUGUGCAGGCGUCGAGGGUACGACGUCAUCGAUUUCGGCCACUUCACCGCAGUAAAUCUUGGCGUGCGUGGCUGCAUGGAAGCAUUGCUCAAGGAAAUGAUGGGAAACGGAUACAGCAACCCUAUUGGCGUGUGGACCAGUUUUGUGUACAAUGGAAAGCAUGUCAUUUACAGGCACAGCCAGAAUGACGAGAAAGAUGUAAAAUUUGAUACGAAUGGAACAAGCCAUCAUGACGUCAUCUGUGCAGCCCGAUGGCUUCACGCUAAAGACUCGAUGUACGCCGCGGCAACACCAUCAUCGAGGCAUAUCGUUACGGAGCCUUUCGCCGAGGAAGCAUGUCUGCAGUACGGACUUCGCCUCAUCAGCAUGGCCUGGCUGGAAGUACAUGGCGAUGCACUGGUAGACCGCUGGCUAAAUACACUAGCCCUGGAGCACAAACCCACGCACCAUCCCUACCAGGUCAAAUCCGUCGAGAUAGACGGAGAGUUGGUUCGCAAAACCGUAAAGUUUACUACAGAGGGUCUGUUGUAUGAUGAUGCCGAAAGCAAUCAGCGAGCCCAAAUCCUCUGUGUCAGAGAUUACCUUUUCCAGCCCGGGCAUGAUUUCGAGUUCAACUGCAACGGCGUAAGGUACAACGUCUCCACCCACAAGCGCCAGCAGGGUUCCGCCUCGUACUACUGCCAAACCGCGGGCAUGUCGGUGAUCACCUUCCAGCAGUUGGCCAAGCUGAAGCAUGACAACUGCUUCAACGACGACGUUCUCGGCACCCUGAAGGCCGGCACUGCAGAGACCUUCUGGUUGUUCGGCUACACCGUGCCGCUCCAGGAUUUGACCUACACUCGUCGUGUGCUGGAAGGUGUGGACACCGUGAACUACGCAAAGCCAGGUGACCUCCACGCAACAGUCUGUACUAUCCGCAACUUGAGGGAGACAUGUGGCCUGUACAAGAGGUAUUGCAAAUCCGGAGAGAUCUGCCAAUAUGAUGACCAGGGGCAGCCUCAGUGCUUUGCAACCGAGACUCCCGCUCUCCACCACGUGCACCUGAGCGGCGGCAAGAAAUACAAUGCCCAGACCUGGUUCAAACUGCAGAACAAUCUGCUGGCGUUCGUUCCGAAGGAGAAGGCGGAGUCCCUGUGUUCCCGCCCGUCCAAGCUAUUCGCCUACGCCGGCGUGUUCAACAUGUUUACCUACGAGAGUUCCCCGGUUAUCCGCACUGCCGUAGACAAGAUACUCCUCUCGCCCGGCCUCAGCCAGCUCUCGAUUUAUGUCCACGGCCGAAAUUCCAUCGGGCAGGUAGCCAACCACUACCGCACGUUCACCCUCGACAGGACAAGCGGCAGCUGGACCAACGUCAUCAGUGCGCACGCCACCGACGGUCUCGCUGUAUGCACAGCUCAGCUACUGGAGGACUUUGUCUUCGAGUCCACGCAUACCUGCAUGGGAGCAGACUUCCACGUCUCCGCCAACAACUUUACAUUCAAUGCCGGCACAAGGUACUGCAGAAGCCAAGGGAAGAUCAUGCUCACGUUUAACACGCUGCGCCUGGUCUCGCAGAACAACAGCUGUUUCCGCGAAAGUGUCAUCCGAACUCUCCGCAAUAAGGGACAAGAUAAGUUCUGGGUCUCUAUGGUUGGCUUCUAUGAUAUGAAAGAGGCGUACGACCCAGUGGCCAACGAGGUGCACUACGACGAGGGAACGAAUGCGGUCGUCUGCCACCGAAACAACUUGGACACGUGUUCGACUUGGACUAAUAGACCUUGCCCCUCGGAAAAGCUGUGUCGUUCGACCAGCUUCACUACCCAAGUGUGCCAUGAUACGAUUAUUCAAAGGAACAUCACCAAAAUGGAGCAUGGAAAGAUUGUAAAAUACUCGGUCAUCUACCAGCUGUGGCAAGGAACCCUCAGAUACGAGUCUCCAUCUCAGGCAACUGAAACAUGCCGACUAAAUCAAUUUUCCCAUUCCCAUACCGUUGCUCACCCCUUCCGCAUGGAGGAGUACGCCUCAUAUAACGACGUCUAUCUUGCCGUCAACAAGAUGCUCAAGGCGAUCGGAGUAGGCAUCGACGUGUUCGUCCACACCGUUGCUCACACACCACCGCUUAACGGCGUAUACCGCACUUUCCGGUACACGCCAGAAGGGGGCAUGACCAACGUGCUCACCAAGCCCGUUCCCAAACAAGGCGUUGUCAUAUGCACCUCGCUUCACCCUAGUGCUCACUUGUAGGCGAGGACAAGUAAACUGAUCAGUUCAGCUCAGCUUUUGCUUAUAUUUCAUCCCAUAACAAUUUAAAACAAUACAUCCCUGUCAUUUUGCCAUUUUUUCUCAAGAGAGCUCGAUCAACAAU